AUGACAAUUCAUAGGAAAAUGCUUAAUCAAUUUAUUCUUACAAAUAAAUAUUCAUACAUUGAAUUCACAAAAGAAAGGAUUAAAGAAAUAGCAGAGAGUUUAAAACAUGAUAACAAUCAAGAUUUAUUAGAUAAAUUGAAAAUAGAAAUAAGUGAAUUAAAAAAUAAACUAAAAAAGUUAUGUGGAGAUGCAGUAACUGAACUUGGUAAAGUUAUAGUACAGAAAGUAGAAGAUGUAUCAGAUGUUGCUGUUUCAAUUUUGAUAUUUAUUCAUUAA